AUGGCUACCAGCAACUUAAAUCAACAAGCUUCCCAGACUGCCGCUCAGGAAGAGUUCAAUAACCUCGUCUCGAAAGCCUCAGCAUCUGAAAAAGAGAAUCAACAUCCAGCUGAUAACGACGACUAUCACCACGACAAAGACAACAGUGACAUAGACGAGGACGACGAGUAUCUGUCAAAGAUCUUAGACGAGACUAUGCGUAUGCCAGCUUUUGAUCGUAUGCCCGGCUCAGGCUCCGGCCAACUCCGGCUUCCUCACAGAGACUUUGACAAUGGAAGGACGACAGGUGUGAAAGGUGUUAUCGCUGAUGCGAGGAGUUAUGAAGAGGCAAGACGGAAUGGAAGCCAUCGAAGGAAUACAUCAAGACAAUCAACAUCUUUGGCCGACAAACGAUCAAGCACUAUUUCAUUUCUUAAAGACGAAGGGGAGGAUAGCGAUGAGGAGGAUGAAGAGUUCAUUGAACGAUGGAGGCACCAGAGACGAAUGGAAUUGGAGAAGGAGGGCAAUGACAUUCGCAACCGAAGAACAAGUCCUAGUGUGAGACGAUAUGGACGUUUCGAUGAGGUUGAUGCUCUGGGAUAUCUAGACGCCAUCGAGAAGGUCACGAGAGAAACAGUCGUUGUAGUAUUCGUCUAUGAUCCAGAGUGCCCAGUAUCACAAAUCAUCUCCGACGCUCUCGAACCCCUAGUCACCAAAAACCCAUCAACCCACUUCGUCCGCAUCCACUACGAGGAAAUCGAAUUCGACAACGCCGGUGUCCCAGCGAUCCUAGGCUACAAGAACCAAGGCGACCUCUUUGCAAACUUGACAUAUAUCAUCGAUCAGAUACCAGAGGAUACGCUAUUCGACACCAAAGCUCUAGAAGAUGUCUUGAGAAAACACCAGGUUCUUAGAUAA